UUGUUUUAGGUUGGUGCCAUUGAAAAGGAUGAAGAGUUGACACCUCUUGGGUAUCACUUGGCAAAACUUCCAGUUGAUGUCUUGAUUGGAAAGAUGAUGAUUUAUGGUGCAAUUUUUGGUUGCUUGUCACCCAUCCUUUCUAUUUCAGCAUUUUUGAGCUACAAAUCACCAUUUGUAUAUCCAAAAGAUGAGAGGCAAAAUUUUGAAAGGGCCAAAUUGUCUCUGUUGGCCGAUAAGCUAGAUGCUCCAACUGAAUCAGAUACAGCUAACAGGCAAUCUGACCACCUACUGAUGAUGGUUGCAUAUAGGAAAUGGGAGAAGGUUCUACGUGAGAAUGGAGUUACUGCUGCUCAACGUUUCUGCCGUUCAUAUUUUUUAAGCAAUUCAGUUAUGUACAUGAUAAGGGACAUGCGUAAACAGUUUGGAACAUUGCUGGCAGACAUUGGGCUGAUCAAUCUUCCAAAGACUUAUCAGAUUGAAGGCAAAAAAAAUGAGAAGCUCGAUACUUGGCUUUCAGAUAUGUCUCAAUUAUUCAAUAUACAUUCACAUCAUUCUUCAAUUGUGAAGGCAAUUAUUUGUGCAGGCUUAUAUCCCAAUGUUGCUGCUACUGAAGAAGGGGUUGUUAGAACAGCUCUUGGCAUGCUUAAUCAGUCUGCGGGUCCUAAAACAAAAGGAUACCCUGCCUUAUAUGAUGGGAAAAGAGAGGUUUACAUACAUCCUUCUUCUCUCAACAGCAACUUAAGAACUUUUCAGUACCCAUUUGUUGUAUUUCUUGAAAAGGUUGAAACUAAUAAGAUAUUUCUGCGAGAUACUACCAUCGUCUCCCCUUACUCUAUUCUGUUAUUUGGUGGCUCCAUGAGUAUUCAACACCAAGCUGGAUCUGUCAUCAUAGAUGGUUGGAUAAAAUUGACAGCACCUGCCCAAAUUGCAGUUCUCUUCAAGGAACUCCGGUUAACUCUUCAUUCUGUUCUUAAGGAGUUGAUUAGAAAACCAAAGAUGGCCUCUGUUGCCCAUGAUGAAGUUGUGAAGUCUAUUGCACAUUUACUUCUAGAAGAAGAGAAGUCCCGGACGUAAUUUAACUGAUCAUAUUCAUCCGGCGCCUAAGAGCAUGCAUUUGCUUAUACAAAUGUUCGUGCCAAAUCAUUUCAAGUGAAGACCGCCAGAGUUUAUGGCUACAUUUUGUGAUCGCAAUCAAGCAAGCUGGGGUAGUUUGCUAGCAGACCUGCUUCAUGGCUUAUCUGGACGUGCGUUUGAUAAUUCAGAUUGAAAUGCACGUUAGAGGUGCCGGGGCUUAUCUGGGGUUCUGUCUGCAUGCGGUAAUCUUCUUGAACUCGUGGAGCUCCAUUUCUGAAUUAUUUUGUGUCCUAGUUUUGAAGUUUGAUAUAACAAUUUGGCCAUGGUGUAACUUCACUGGUCUCUUUCUGCGGAGUAUGGCAGCUGUAAACUAAGCUUAUUACGUUUGCUC